GUACCUUCACAUACUCCUACUCCCCCAUUCAUCUUCAUUUUUAAGGAAAAAAGAUCUCAUUAUCUCUCUAAGUGUAACCAAACCUAAAAUAAAACCAUGAAACAAAGCUUUUAUUAUACUGUUUUUUUCUUCCUCUUCCUUUUAUACUCCUCUAAAUUAUCAGCAGCUCUCAUUCCAAACACAGAUAUAGCCAGUGAGGACUCUCUUGAAGGCAGUGGGUUAAUGGGAUCAGAAGCUUGUGAGAGUGGGGAUGAAGAAUGUUUGAAGAGAAGAAUGACUUCAGAAGCUCACUUGGAUUACAUCUAUACCCAGCAACACGAGAAUUGAGAAUCAUUGAUUUUAGGAAUGUAAUUUAUUUCAUGGUUUGCUAGGCCUUAACUAAUUAGGCCUUAAUUAAUUUUAUGAAAUUCUAUACAUAUAAAUAUGGCAAUUAUGUCAGUUUGAUUUUAA